GGAAAAUAUCAAAGAUAAUAUUUCAAUUUCCUGGGAUAAAUACACUUUUUUAAUACAAAAAUUCUGUAGUUUCACGUUGCAAGUCCAAAAUGGAAAUUUUAUAUGAACUUGUUGCUAUCGCUUUUUGUGUAGUUUUAAUAAAUUGUGAGGAACCUAAAAUGUUAUUUUACGGUAUGCAACCUUGUUCUGAAUCUACUACUAAAGAUGCAAUUGAAGUCACUCAUGAAUGGACUCAAGGUUUAUUUUCUGGAACAAUUACUCUUCCCGCCGGAUUAGACGAUACAAUUACAUACAAAGCCGACGUUUAUAAGAGCGGAGGUGAUUCAUGGAAAUUAUUAACUCACAUCACUGGCCCCGUCUGUGCAAUUUUGAAUGGCCCUCUUAAGGGUAUCUGGGCAAAAAUAGCUGAAGCCUCGGGUGUGUCUCCGGACUGCCCCAUACCAGGAGGUUCCUACGCACUAAAAGAUUUUUCAAUCUCCGCUGAAGAAGCUGAAGUACCUGCAUUAAAAGGAAAAUUUAAGGUGGUUGCAGAAGUUUUAAAAGAUAAUCAACCAUUGCUCUGUCGCGAAUUGUUGAUUCAAUCUUCAAAUUACAAGGAAGGUUUAUAAACAAACAAAUAGUUUUGUCACUGGAUGUAAAGUUUUGAAAUAUAAUGAUUCACGGUGUU